CUUGCACUCACAGAACAUUCUGCACUGUGUAUUUGACAGGCUGCAAUUGACACAAACGACUGUCAUUUUCAUAUUGCUAAAGUUCGAAGUGAAGAGUAGAACGUGUUCAUUUAUAAAAAAUAACAUAUUUCGAUUAGAUUUUAAAUAGUAUCCAAUAAGUACAUGCAAUGGAUUACAAUUACGAGCAAACAAGUGAAGUUGAAGCUUUAGAUUCAAUCUACUAUGGAGAUAUGCAAAUUAUAGAAAAGGAGCCUUUUCAUAAAUUCUCUAUACCUAUAAAAUCUGAGGGUUUUGAUGAUGGUGAAGGUUUAGCUUGUCAAUUAAUUUUUACAUACACAUCAAAAUAUCCAGAUGAAUUACCCUUAAUUGAAAUCGACAAUGAAGAGAAUUUUGAUGAUAUUGUAGAUAGAAAAGAACUACUUUCACAUUUAGAAGACCAGGGCAAGGAGAAUCUAGGAAUGGUGAUGGUGUUCACUCUUGUCUCAGCUGGCCAAGAAUGGCUCAAUGAGAAAUGGGAUAAAAUCAAAAAAGAAAGAGAAGAAAAAAUUCUUGCAAAAAUUAAAGCUGAUGAAGAAGCAGAAUUGAAAAGGUUUGAAGGUACAAGAGUAACUGUUGAAUCUUUCCUGGCGUGGCGAAAGCAAUUUGAAAUUGAUAUGGGUAUUCCAGCAAAAAGGGAAAGGGAAAUGAAGGAUAAAAACAAAUUGACUGGAAAAGAACUAUUCUUAAGGGAUACUACACUCAAUGAGUCUGAUCUUAAAUUCUUGGAUGAUGGUAAAUGGACUGUACUUUUUUUGUAUGUAAAUAAGGUGGCAAUGAUCCAUAUGGCCUGCCGGAUAAUAGCUAAGGGGAUGCAGUCAAAGUUGAUGAAUCUCUAUUCCAAGACUUGGAUGACUUGGAUAUAUCUGAUGAAGAUGAUGCUGAUUAUGUUCCAGGACAAAGUGGUAGUGAAAGUGAUUAACACAGGAAAUCGAGCUGCUCAAAUGGGUGGCCAUGAUAUAUACUGACAUUGCAGUGCUCAUACAGGUUUCAGUUGAAUUGUGUAUAUUGUAUGGGUUUUAAUUGAUUUGUUUUAUUACAAAUACAAAGUUCUAUUAAUACUGCUAAUUCAUAGGUCAUGUUUUGGUAGAUUAUCUCUUGAUGUCGCCACUGUUGGGUUCAGGGAUGUCCCUAUAGAUAGGAAUAUGGAGAACUGGAAAAAAACACCCCUCCAGGGCUGAGUGUGGUGUGGUGGGUGCUAAUAACUGCAAAUGCUGCAGGGCGCAGCCGAUCAGCUUAACAUUCCUUCUGAAGCACAAAGGAGCUAGAUAAUAAUUUUCGUCACCCUUCUUAUAACUGUCUUUUGCGAAAAUUGCAUAACUAUUCGAAUCAUAGAUCAAAUGCAUUAACCUCUGUGCCAUUAAGGUUCUCAAUAGUGUUUAGUUAUUUUUGCAUUUUGUAUAAAAUUAAUUAUCUAUUUGUAAUACAUGCAUAAUCGUAAAGCAGUGUAGCAAGAUCAGAGUGGUAUUGUUAAGAAUACUCGCUUAAUCAUAGCAUUUGAAUUAUUGUGUCAGUAUUUUCAAGUCGCUAUACAUCCUGAAUACCCAACCACGGAGGUUGAGAAUGAGAAUCCCUCUCGCAGACCUAGUGUUGGAUGCAGUUUCAAUUUUUGUACUUAUCCAUAAUUUUGAUUGUUCCUUUUAGUGUCAUUAAGAAAUCCAAAGAAAUGGGAUUUAUAAAGUAUAAAUUGAUAACCUUUUGUAUGUAGCCGAACAUUACACCA